AUGGUACAAACAAAGUAUCCGCCUAUGGAACUGAGUUCGUCUCAGGCUAACAUGCUGGGAGCUAUAUUUGAUACGGUUCUUGCUCAGCUUACACCAGAGGAAGAGCAAGCAAUCAAACAAAAGAUGCAGGGUAAAGAAGGCAUCUACCAUGUCUCGAUGGAUCAAGUCGCUGCCAUAUCUCGACUAUCAGCAACCUCGCUACAAAUCCCGUCUGUUGUGGUCGACUUCUUUUCCAGCAAUGUAGCGCCUGAUAAGAGAGCAGAUUUGGUUCGCGUGUUGGAUAUCUUGGCUACUCGUCCUGGCUCCCUUCUAUUGACAGGCUACUGGAAGCCAAUGCCUGAACUCAGCAGACAACAACGCGAAGACAUCAUGCUGAAAUGGAAGAAUUCAUCCCUGCCAUCGUUGCGAAACCUGUUCAAAGUCCUGUCGAAUCUAUGCUUGUACAAUGCCUACAGUCGCACACAUUCACCUCUAAUUGACAGCAUCGGCCAUAACGCUGCGAAUGGAGAUGCCUUUUUCGAGAAUCACCCAGACUACGAUCCUGUUGAACAUGAACGUAUACCUAUGAUGCAGACAGAAGAAGCGACUCGAGGCAAACUGGAGUUUGAUGUGGUGGUCGUUGGCAGUGGAGCUGGUGGUGGUGUGGCAGCUGCUGAAUUGGCCAAAGCGGGUUACUCUGUAUUGGUCAUUGAAAAGGGAAAGUACUAUCAUCAGAGCGAGAUGGCACAUGAAGAAGAGACGUGUUAUACAAACAUGUAUGAUGGAGGCACUUCAACGACAUCUACCAGUGGCUCAAUUCAAUGUUUGUCGGGUGCGACUCUGGGUGGUGGAACUGCAUUAAACUACUUGGUGUCCCUGAAGCCACAACAUUUUGUGCGUGAAGAGUGGGCCAAGCAGGGCCUUUCUUAUUUUGCCUCACCACAAUUUAGCAGAGAUUUAGACAAAGUGUUUGGUAGAAUUGGUGCCAGCCAAGAGAACAUGUUGGAGACAAAAACCAACAGCAAAUUUGAAAAAGGAUGCCACGAGCUGGGCUAUCACAUUGAAAAGGUUUUUGUCAAUACAGGAGGCAGAGCACAUCACUGCAGCCGUUGUAUGAUGGGCUGCAAAUCCGGUAUCAAGAACAGCACAGCCAAUACAUGGUUAUUGGACGCCUUGCACCAUGGAGCUCGUUUCCUGGAUAGAACAUUUGUUACACGGGUUGUAACCAACAAUCGCGGAACCAAGGCAAUUGGUGUGGAAUGUCAGAUCCAUGAUGCACAGCAGCCUGUGUUCAUCAAAGCCAAGAAGGUGAUUGUUGCUUGUGGUGCUUUACGUACACCUGGACUACUGAAAUCCAGUGGUUUGUCCAACAGCAACAUUGGCAAACAUUUGAGGCUGCAGCCGAUCAUGUUUGGCUUUGGCUUUUUUGAUGAGGCCAUGCGUCAAAUGGACGGCCCUCUUAUUUCCCGCGUGUGCAAUGCUUCAGAUGACUGUCAUGGGGACCACUAUGGUGCAAAGAUUGAAGAAGGACUGAUGCUGCCUGGAGGUCUGGCAAGCAAGAUUCCGUGGUAUGGUGCAGCCAAGCACAAGGAGCUCAUGUUGAGACACAAGUCAGUGGCAUCUUUUGUCAAUGUGGUGCGGGACAAGGACUCUGUUGGUGUGGUCACCUUUGAUCCAUCCAGCCCUAAUCCAGUGUACGAAUAUGCGCUCUCCAAGCACGAUGCUAAAUCUUUGACCGUCUGCAUCCAACGUAACAUGAGAAUCUUAGCUGCUGCUGGAGCCCGUGAAUUAUACACUAGUCAGGCUAAUGUAGAGGGAUUUGCAUUCAAUGACGAUGAAGAGAGUAGUGCAGAUAAUCCAAGAUUCAAUCAAUGGUUGGACAGAGUGAGCAAAGCAGGUAUUAGCGCUGUAUCUACACCACUCGUAUCAGUCCAUCAACUGGGAUCAUGUCGUAUGGGUACAUCACCUAAAUUAUCGGUUGUUCAACCCACAGGUGAAACCUGGGAAUGCAAGCAUAUUUACAUUGCAGAUGGCUCUGUCUUCCCCACAGCCGUUGGCGUCAAUCCAAUGGUCACUAUUGAAGCGAUUGCACUGCACGUAUCUCGAAAUGUCAUUUCAACAUUGGCAUCAUCGGCUCGCCUAUAA